UAUUGCAGAGAGAGAGAGAGAGAAGGGAAGCAAGAGAAAGCAGCCUCUCUGCUGCUUCCAUUGAUCGCCUCCCCCUUCGCUGGCUGUUGCUGCAACUGCUGCUUCCUUUGCUUGGCCACCUCUGGCUCCUCUGCUCCUCCUUCCUUCAUUCCCUUGCCUGCCUUUCCCUUUGGCUCCCCUCCUUCUGCCUCUCCUUCCUGACCAUGCACUGGGAAGAGGAGGAGGAGGAGGAGGGGGACCCCAUUGCCAGCAGCACCAGCAGCAACUUCCCAGCCCAAAGGCACCCAAAAGGGGGCAUCUAGGGUUUGGCCCCCAAGUGGGCAAAAGAGUCCCUUCCUCCUCCUCUCCCUUUUCCUGCUGCAAAACAAGGAGGGCUUUUCUAUCCCCCCACCAUCCCCAAUAUUGUUUUUUGUGUAGUUUUUGCAAAACCCAUUCAGGGGCCAAUUGGAGGAGGAGGAGGAGGAGGAGGGAUGAGGCGACGGGGGGCUCCUCGGUGAUGCCCCCAAAGGGAGGCAGAGCUUGGCCCUGGUCCACUGCAGCAGCAGCAGCAGCAGGAAGAGGAGGAAAAGCAGGGACCCUCUUUCCAGCCUGAGCAGAAGAGAGGAGAAGCCCCUGGUUUCCUGGAGUGGAAGCAAGAGGAAGAGGAGCAGUGAUCUUCCUUGCAGCCUGAGCAGAAGCCCCAGGGUCUCCUGGAGGAAGAGCAAGAGCAGGGACCCUCCUUCCAGUUUGACCCAAAGGGAGGCCUGAGAGUCUCUCUGCUCUCCUGAGGUGAGCACAGGAGGAGGAGGAGGAGGAAGGGGAAGAAGAGCAGUGGCUUCCCCACUCUCUAUAGUUUCCUCACCAAGGAGGAAAAGCUUGGAGGUCUUCCUUGUCUUCUGGGAGAGGAGGAGGAGGAGGAGGAAGAAGAAGAAGAGCAGACACCCCCUCCAGUCUAGAAAGGAGGAGAAGCCUCAGGGUCUCCCUGCCCUCCUGGGGUGAACAGUCAUAGGAGGAGGAAGGAGGAGAGGAAAGGCUCCCUUCUUCCAGUCUGAGCAAAAGAGGAGCAGGGACCCCCAUCUUCCAGUCUGACCAAAAGGGAGGAGAAGCCCAAGGGUCUUCCUGAUCUCCAAGAGGAGGAGGAAGAGCAGCCACCCUUUCCAGCAAGAAGAGAAGAAGGAGAUAGAGGAGGAAAGACCUUCUUCAGUCUGAGCAGAAAGGAGGAGAAGCCAGAGGGUCUCUUGGGGCAAAAGGAAGAGGAGGAAGAGCAUCGACCCCCCUCCAUCCUAACCAGACGCCCCAACUCCCCACCAGCCUCAACUUCCCUUGGACUGGGACUUUGCAACCCAGCUCUGCCUUCCUCUUACUCUCCUAGAGACUGAGCCUUAAUUGCUAUCAUUACUACUAUUACUACUACUACAGUUUGCUGGUGGAAGAAACACCUCCCAAUUGGUGAUCUCUUCAAUAUAUAUACACACACAGAGAGAGAGAUCUGUGCCAACUCUUCUCUUUGGCCAAGACCAUGGCGAUGAAGGGGGCUGCCUGGCCCAACACAGGGGUCCUGCUGGUGACAGCCAACGUGGGCUCCUUGUUCGAUGAUCCAGAAAAUCUACAGAAGAAUUGGCUUCGGGAAUUUUAUCAGGUUGUACAUGCACACAAGCCACACUUCAUGGCAUUGCACUGUCAAGAGUUUGGUGGGAAAAACUAUGAAGCAUCCAUGUCUCAUGUGGACAAGUUUGUUAAAGAAUUGUUAUCAAGUGACGCAAUGAAAGACUACAACAGAGCCCGGGUUUACUUGGAUGAGAACUUCAAGUCACAGGAACACUUUACGGCACUGGGAAGUUUUUACUUUCUACAUGAAUCCUUGAAAAAUAUUUACCAGUUUGAUUUUAAAGCUAAGAAGUAUAAAAAAGUUACAGGGAAAGAAAUCUACUCAGAUACAUUAGAAAGUACACCUAUGCUGGAAAAAGAAAAGUUUCCACAGGAUUAUUUCCCUGAGUGCAAAUGGUCCAGAAAAGGAUUCAUACGAACGAGGUGGUGUAUUACUGACUGUGCCUUUGACUUGGUAAACAUUCAUCUUUUCCAUGAUGCUUCCAAUUUAGUUGCUUGGGAAACAAGCCCGUCGGUUUACUCAGGAAUAAGGCAUAAGGCCCUUGGUUAUGUACUUGACAGAAUUAUAGAUCAGCGGUUUGAGCGAGUUUCAUAUUUUGUCUUUGGAGAUUUCAACUUUCGACUGGAUGCAAAAUCAGUAGUAGAGACACUUUGUACAAAGGCUACAAUGCAGACAAUUCGGGCUGCUGACACUAACGAAGUAGUCAAACUAAUAUUCCGAGAAUCAGAUAAUGACCGGAAGGUUAUGCUACAAUUAGAAAAGAAACUCUUUGACUAUUUUAACCAAGACGUUUUUAGAGAUAACAAUGGCACUGCGCUUUUGGAAUUUGACAAAGAGCUGUCAGUCUUUAAAGACAAAUUAUAUGAACUGGACAUUUCAUUUCCUCCCAGCUAUCCAUAUAGUGAAGAUUAUAGCCAGGGAAUGCAGUACAUGAACACUAGAUGUCCAGCUUGGUGCGACAGGAUCCUUAUGUCACAUUCUGCCAAAGAGCUUAUUCUAAAGUCAGAAAAUGAAGAAAAGCAAGUGGUGUAUGACCAUAUUGGACCAAAUGUCUGCAUGGGGGACCACAAGCCUGUGUUCCUGUCCUUUCGAAUAGCUGCGGGGGCAGGUAAACCUAUUGCCAAUGUACACAAGUGUUGUCUCGUGCAGUGAUGUGGUGGGAAAAGAUGCCUCCGACAGGAGAAAAUCUUCCGGGAAAGUGUUUUAUAGUGAGGAAGAGGAAGAGGAAGGCCUGGAGGUCUGUCCUGUCGUCGCUUCAUCCCUGACAGCUCUCAUCCUCCGUUGCAUCCAUGCGUGCCAUGUUGGUUUUAUACUGUUGUUACUGUUGUUGUUAUUCCUGUUAUUUUGUUGUUGGGUUUUUUAGUCUGUUGAUCAUACACUAUUCUUCUUCGGUGUCUGGGCUAAUUUUUUUUUAGUCCCAGGGAAAGAAAAAAAGGAGAGAGAGAAACUUUCAUACCUCACCGUCUUGUAUAUCCUGUGACACCCGAUAUGGACUUUUUAUUUUUAUAUGGAGAUGCAUCUAUUAUAUGCCACAGUCUGGUUGCCAAAAAAGUAAUAAUAACAACCUCCUCUAAAACCACCCCUGAACCCCUCUAGUUUGCUGCGGUUUGUUCUGUGUUUCCAAGACUUCACCGUGCUUUUUUAAGAAAAAACUUUUAAGUUUAUCAAUGUGAAAUAAUAGAUAAUAUUCCAGAUUAGGACUCUUUUCACCACCCUUCUCCAGCUUCAAGCCAGGUUGCGAUUUUGUACAUUGCCUUGUAUAGAAGUUCCGCUGUGAUCACUGUAUGUUGACCAAGAUUUAUGGUUCAUGUGGGAUGGGGGGGGCGGGAGGGUGUUUGAAUUUUUUUUUUGUCAUUUUUAUAGACUUUUCUGUUUUUUCCAUGUUAUGUACUAUACUGCCAUGUUCCAUGGUUUUUGAAUCACACAACAGCAGCUGCUUUCUAUCCGUGUAUAUAUUUAUAUAUUUGUAUGUGAGUGUGUAUAGAGAUAUAUAUAUACACAGAUAUUAUAAUUUAUAAUUAUACGCCGUUUGUCUUUCCUGCUACAUAAAAGAGAGAUCUCUCCCAUAGCGUAGACAGCGCCUUGCCCAGUCCUAAAUUCUGGUCUGUUUGCAUUCCACUCAACCUAUGGGAUUUAAAUGCCAAGGAAAAUGGAGGUGAGAUCCACAUGCGUAGGUGGCUGAGUGGGAAGAGGCCAUGGCCAUGAAAAACCCACCCUGAAACACUCUUAUUUUCAAUUGAAACCCAUUGGGAACAUUGUGUUUCCUCGGAUGUUAAGUCCUACACAUUUCAUCAGAGUUGAUUCUGGGUGCCACACUGUAGAAAUAAUGCAUUUUGACAUCACUUUAAGUGCCAUAGUGCCAUCCUCCAGAAUCUUGGGAUUUGUAGUGUCGUAGAGCACCAGCACUCUUUGGCAGAGAAGGCUGAUGACCUUGUAAAAUUACAAAUCCCAGAAUUCUCUAGGAUGGAGCAACAGCAUUUAAGGUGGUGUCAAACUGUAUUAUUUCUACAAUGUAGAUGCACCUUUGGAAGUUUGCAAAGCACUUGUCUAGGAGCAUCUCCCCCAGAAAGCUCUAGGGCUGCAUCCACACUUCAGAAAUAAUCCAGGUUGACACCAUUUUAACUGCCGUGGCACAACACUAUGGAAUUCUGGAAUUGUAGUUUUGUGAAACAUUUAGCUUUCUCUGUCAAAGAACUCUGGUGCCGCAGCAAACUACAAUUCACAGAAUUCUAUAGCAUUGAGUCAUGGCAGUUAAAUUGGUGUCAACCUGAGUUAUUUCUGGAGUACAGGUGCAGUUUUGGACUUACUUGGAGGCUUAGGAUCAGUACAUGCCACAAGGACAGCCUUGGAGCCUUUUCACUGGUCCUAUUUAUACCAUCAUCAUUCCACUUUUAACUGCCAUGUUAUAUAGACUUGGGAUUUGUAGUUUGAGCUCUUUGGCUGAGCAUUCCAUGUACCUUUCCCUAAACUUGAAUCCCAUUUUUGUUAGAAGGGGAGAGGGAUUAUACAAAUAAAUAAAAUACCACGAUCCCAUAGGAUGGAACCAUGGCAAUUAAAAUGGAAUUACGGUGUUAAAUGUAUACAUGUUCUAGGAUGUGGGGGUGAGCACAGAUGGGAGUGGAGAAGUGAGGCUCCCUGUUCUAAAAAAAUGAAGAAAGAAUAGCUCCAGGGUUAGAGCAGCCAAGUGCCCUAUAAAACUGGGAAAGUUGCCUUUGGGGAUUGCAAUGCCCAGAAUCCCCAAGUAGAAUUCUGGGAGCUAGAUUUUUUUUAAAAGUCCCAAGCCCUGCUUUCCUUGGUGUGGGUGUGUACACAGACACACACACACAUGUCGGCACACUUCCCCAGUUACUUUUCUGUAGCCACUUAUUUAAGUAGCAGAUUUGGGUGCCCCGGGGGAAAAAUGUCAAGGAGAGAGAAAAUAGCCCUGUGUGGUUUGCAAAAUUUUGGCCAUGGUUUAAAAAUUGCAGUGGAUGGGUCAGAGGUCUAUAAAUCCCUCUUAAACCUUUCAAAAAAAAAAAAAAAACACUUCCCCUUGGCCCACUUCUUCUUCCCUUUCUCCCUCCAAACCCUGCAGCAUUAAAAGGCGAUUAGAGCAUCUGUUGUUGAUGAAACACAAACACACACACACACAGAGGACAGCUUUUGUGAUUCUUUUUUAAAACACUACUGGCUUCAGGUGGAGUCUGAAUCUGGGCUGAAAGCUCUCUAAAUAAUAAUCUGAGCAAACCCUGCAGUUUGGUGUGUGGUUUCCAUCUGGGAGGGAUGGUGCAUCAGCUCUGGGUUUUAGACUGAACUUUCAGGGCCCUAUUCAGGUUGCAGAACCUAACUUCCCAAGAGGUUUGGCUCUUUUGAUGGCUUCUGUUAAAGGUUAGAUUUAUUACUCUGCACCUGUACUGCAGAGAUAAUCUAGUCUGGUACCACUUUAACUGCCAUUGUUCAAUAUGCUGUGAGAUUCUAGUAUUUGUAGUUUGUUGUGGCACCAGAGCUCUGACAGAGAAGGCUAAAUGUCUCACAGAACUACAGCUCCUAAAAUCCUACAACACUGAGCCCUGGCAGAGUGGUGUCAAACUGGAUUAUUUCUGCAAUGUGGAUGCAGCCUUAAGACUCGGAGCAAAUUCUCUGUUCCACAGUCACGGAAGUUGCCCAGGGGUCUCAUGCAGAGAGUGACCACCCUCCUCCCAGGCUGGCCUAUGACAACUGGGGAGCGAAAAGCAUUGGGGCAUGGUGAGCAUUGGGAGAUAAAAUUGCCUUUUGCGUGUUCACUUGGAUAUGAGCAUUCUGGUUCUCAAGCAAUAAAAACUGAUCCUGGUGAAAG